AUGAAGAAGAACGACGUUAUCGCCAUCAUUAUCAUCAUUCUCUUCAUCAUUCUCGCCGGUGUCUCAUUUGGAAUCUGGAAGCUCGUCUCAAUGGCCAAGAACCACAUGAGCGCGACAGGCCUCGUCUUCCUGAAUCAUCACACUUCAUCGACCUUCAAUGGCUUUCAAGCCUCUCUUCUCGAUACCCCCCAAGCAUAG